CGUUAAAACUACGGGAGGUUCUCAUUUCGCGGCUGAAACUUAUUCUUCCKACUGGACGUAUACAAGUUGUAAGUCAUUUGUGCCGCAACAUCAUCAUUGGUGUGUUGUAGUAGUUCUUUGAAUUGUACACGCGAGUGGUUGUGAUGAAUCAAAUAAAAUGGUAUUCGUUUUGUGCUUACACAUAUUUUUUUGCAGAUCGAUCUUUCUAGACGAGGACUUCUACAGGAUGACGCAGAACUGAUAAGCAAUGCCCUUCGAUGUAACCCGCAGAUUGCAGUSUUAAAACUAGGAUACAACAAUUUUGGGGAUAGAGGAGCUAGUAUGAUUGCCUCUGGAUGCGCGAAAGAAAGGAAGCACCAUCAAAAUUUAACUGUCUUGGACCUAGGAUUUAAUAAUAUUGGCGAUGCCGGAUGCACAUCUCUCAGCAUGCACAUGGUAGCAGGAAAUCAUACAUUGMGAAAUCUUUUCUUAUCAGGUAAUCACAUAAAGAAUAAGGGUGCGGUGGCAMUUGCGAGUGCAAUUCUUCAUGGUUGCAGUCUAUCACGGCUCCAUCUUUCAAACAACAAUMUAGGUGAAGAAGGCAUUAAUGUMCUCGUUCAGUCAAUCGCAGAAGCAGAGAAAAGAGUCCAACAACUUCUUCACAGACAAGGUGGUAUCAAGAUCGGUUACAACAUUAAACCAGUUACUAUUGAAGAAUUCAAUAUAGACAAUGUUCUGAUGUCGUCWAAAUGCUUCGAAACACUGUCUAACAUGGURGUGGCGAAUUCCAAUCUGAAGAACAUAUCUUUGUCAAACAACAAUCUUGAUGACUCCGACUUGUCGUUGCUAUCGAAAUCGCUYAGCCAAAAUAAGAACAUUCCAUUGACGUCGCUGAUUCUUUCAUUCAACAAAAUCACRUGUGUUGGUGUCGAAUGUUUGAUGAAUGCAGUAUGGGGUUCGUCGACCCUCAAAGAAAUCAAACUURACAGCAAUUUGAUGCAAGAUCGCGGCGCCCAGCUUUGUUCAGUUGUCCUUGGUUCCAUACGGUUGGAAUUACUYGAUAUUAGUUUCAACAGAAUAUCGACUAUUGGAGUGAAGGCUAUCAUGAAAAGUCUUUCMGAAAAUACAUCCCUGAAAUGUCUGGCACUUUGUGGUGUUCCCAUGGAUCAAAAUGCAUCGAAGGCAGUAUCAUAUGCUCUUGCAUAUAAUCAAUCACUACAACGAUUCAAUAUCGAUAGCUGUAGUGUUGGGUAYUCGGGACAGCGUCACAUCGUAGCCGGUAUCGUUUCUAAUCGAUAUACAAAGUUGCAAAGGUUAACGGGAUUUCCCCUUGCYCGUAAGUUCGCCAACGAUGUUUUUAUCAGAGUCUGUACGUUUUCAACCCKCAACUCACGAUGCUAUAUUUAUCGAUAAUUUUUUGAUUGUACUAGCAAUCAUAAUGACGUUAGGUUUGCCGCAGCUCCCUGAGGAAUGGGGAAAUGAUCGGGUUUUGAGUUUUGUCAGAUUUAUGUGGACCCACUGGAAAUUAACGAAAACUGUUGAGCCAACAAAAGAGAUAGAUGAGGAAAAUGAUCUUUCAAGAGGACCCGCGCCUCCCUCAAUGGUAGCUUCUUCGGCAAAACGCGCAUUUGGAUCUCUGAGCAAAUCAGAGGAGUCCAGGAUUGCAUUUCAGAACGAACUUCAAAAUCAAAUUGAUGACAACCCAAUUGUAUCACCCGAUACCUCGGUCCUUGUAAGAUCGUUGUCAGGAAACAAUUUGCAAGUACCAUCGUGGGAACGGCAGCCGAGUGCGACCCAAGAAAAUGUGGAGAUCGAAGGUGAAGUUGAACGCUCAGAGGAAUGCUGGUCAUCCGAGAUGGAAUCAYUUGAUCAAUCUUCCUACACAGGAUCAUCAACAUUGAGCUUCCAAACUGCAGCCGCAAUUGAAUAUGAGCGACGGCACAAGAAUUUAACAUGGUUGCGAUCCCAUUUACAAACUCUAAACGAUAUYGGUAAUCUUCCUUUCGACGAUGGGGACUUGUGGCAACUCCACCAGUACUAUUUUUCACCUGCUWACAACGGAGAUGACAAUGCAACAUUAGAUAUGACCGAAAGCAUCGAGGACCACGAGGAAAACGGAAUAAAGGAGCAGGCUCCAGCACCUGCUGAGUUAGAGAGCUCCAACAUGGGUCGUGCCCAAUCAUUUCGAGCCCUUGAAAACGCUGUUUCAGAGGUGAAUUCACCAGUUCAACGGCCGAACAAAAGAAGUUCGUUGGGAGAAGAGUURAAAUUUGACCAAGGCAAUGCGAAACGUGCAAAGAACUCUAGGCCAAGAAUUGCUUACUACCCACGUGUGAAAGAAAGACUUGAAUCGAAACCAUCUUCGAARACACUCAGCUUGCUAAGGCAACUAAAAUACAUCGAGAAUGCAAUGCUUGAAGGAAGAAACGUUUAUUCCUUUAGAGACCAAGAAGAWGAMAAUUUUCCAACCACAACAGACGUUGAAAUGGUUCUCCUUGACCUGCUAUAAAAUUUAUGAACAACCUGGAUGCUUUUGAAUACGACUMUUUUACUAMGUUUUUAACAGAUGUUGAGURCACAGAUAUGAAAAGCURCUUUUUCGGAUUGAUUUUGCYMGGAGAGGAAUGCGCAAUCGAUGAUAAAAAAAUAAUACUACCGGUACUAAUAAAAGAGAUAAUUUUUCUGGUGUAUUUUUCUGUCGAUGCUUCCGUACGACUACGAGUACAGGGGUAUGUACGUAGGGGUCAUAAGAAGAGUAUGUAUGGGAACCGUACGAGACCGUACGAAGUACGUACUGUACGUGUUCCAUUUUCGAUAAUCAUCUCGAAGCACAGUACGUACGUAUCGUAUGGGAGUUUACGUAAGAUAUUUUGUUCUGUACUCUUGUUUCAGUGUUAAGGAUAUCGAUAGAGUUUCCAGAUUCGCCACGUUCCGAUAAAGCGUUCUCGGCCACACAAAAAUGACGAAAUAUUUCGUCAUACGCGGUCGAUUGAUGAUCUUUCGACAUAGCAUUGCUGCUGCUGAAAACAAUGUUUUUGUGACCGACGGAAGAAAUCAGAAGCUACUGUUCUCAUAAUAGCAUUCAAUUCUACUUUCGAAAAACAGUAAUAUCAAUAUCUCAAGAUGGAACAAACUUACAUCAUGAUCAGUAAGUUGCUAUGGUGACAGAUUACUGCCUAACCAUUUUGUCGAUCUUCAAAAGGUGUUCUCACCAGUUUCUUCCACUGCAUCUCUUUCUUCUGCAGAGCCCGAUGGCGUCCAACGUGGACUCAUUGGUGAAAUCAUCAAGCGAUUYGAACAGAAGGGUUACAAGCUUGUGGCCAUGAAGCUCACCAGCCCUACCAAGGAACACAUGGAAAACCACUAUGCUGACUUGAAGGAGAAGAAAUUUUUCCCCGGUCUCAUCGAAUACAUGACCUCUGGACCUGUCUGCGCCAUGGUUUGGGAAGGAAAGAACGUCGUUUUGGAGGGACGCAAGAUGCUUGGAGCUACCAUGCCAUCCGAAAGUGCCAUGGGAACCAUCCGUGGAGAUUUCUGCAUUGAAGUUGGCCGCAACAUCUGCCACGGAAGUGAUGCUGUCGAGUCCGCCAAGCACGAGAUUGCUAUGUGGUUCCCYGAGGGAGUCAUUAGCUACGCUGCCACCGAAGCUCAGUGGAUUUACGAGUAAACGCUAGGCUUUUGUCACCGCGAGCCGUUAUUUUUGAAACGGCCUUGGUAUUAUUGUAGAAGAUGUAAUAGAAGAAUUUAAAAGCU